UUUUGGCCACUUUUGACACUGACAGUUCCAAUUCCAUAGUUCGAUUUCUGUAAAUUCGCUUCGUGCUAUCCGAAUCACGUUUUAGAUUUAGAUUAGUUAAAAUAGUGUUAAAAAAUUAGCAAAAUGUCCUUAUUUGGCGAUAUACUGUCCAUGAAUAAAAAUGAAGAGAAGAGCAACCAGGCGGGUGCUAGCCUAUCCCCAUAUUUGAACUUCGAUCCUCACUAUAUCCCGAAAAUGCAGCCAGAAUUUUUAUACCCUGAUGAUAGUCAUAUGGCGUCAACAGCAAGAAGGUCUAACGUGGCCCUACCCAUCAUUGGAAUGUCCUUCAUGAGUGGUUCAGGGUUAGGAGGGAUGGCAGGUUUAUACAAAGGUUUAAGAGCUACCACACUAGCAGGACAAACCGGCAAAGUUCGACGGACGCAGAUCAUCAAUUACGUUAUGAAGCAAGGCACAAACACGGGCUGCACUCUUGGCAUUAUCGCAUCUUUCUACUCGUGUAUCGCGCUCGGCGUCACAUGGCUGCGCGACAAGGAAGACACAGCCAACACCUUCAUCGCAGCUACAACCACAGGGAUCAUCUACAAGAGCACCUCAGGGCUCCGCUCCAUGGGCCUCGGCGCCGCCGUCGGCCUCACCCUCGCCGGAGUAUACACACUAAUCACGGACAACGACAACAUAUGGAGCAAAGCCAGAUACAACAGAUUGUGAUUCAACCCGCCUAUAGUUAUGUAAAUAUUUAAUAGACUGUUAUGUUUAGUUUUUGUUAUGAACAACGCCAAAGGAUCUGUCGGGUCACCGGGACUUAUUUGUGCCAUGUCCCCUGUACCUGUUUAGAUUUAUGCAUCGUGCUUAUUUGUUAUCCAUAAACUGUACUGUCGGUUGUUAAAUGCUUUAUCGCAAUUUUAGCUUCUGUAAGCUAUACCAAAAAAAUUGUAUAUUAGUUAAAUAAAUUUCGUGUAUGUUGUACUUGUUACAUUUGAUCGUUAGGUACUGUGUUACUAUAGCAAAUGUUUAGGUAUGUACAUGAUGGUGUCAAUAAAAAUAUAUAUUAUGUGUUGUAACUGGGUGCUACCGCAUGGUAGUCAUUGAAUAGGUGGGAAAAAGUGAUAUUGUAACAUGAGGUGGACAUUUAAAUCCAUACUAUGUAAGGUAUAUCCAAAUAGAUAGCUAUUGAAAUCGAGAAAGAUCUUAAUAUUUACUAUUAUUAUCUAAUGCAAAUAUCUAUUGUUCCAAUGAAUGUAAGCUUUAUCGUAUAUCGUUCAGUUUAUGGAUAGCAUACACCUGUAUUACGCACAUAUUCCCGCCUUGUCGUAUCAGGACGCACACAUAUGCAUAAGCGUUAAUAAAACGAGUUAUUUAAAAAA